AUGAAUUUUGCAGCGCUUUUUUAUGGAGAAGAAGGUGCAAGAUUAGAUCAAGCUUUUCAGUUAGCAUUUAUUGAAAACGAGUCUCCUCUUUCCAUCUUACUUAAAGGCGAUUCAGGAAUAGGCAAAUCCUAUAUUGUUCACCAAUUAGCCAAAAAAUAUAAUGUCACAGUCUAUACUGCUAUGUUAGGCGAUCUUGCUGCUAAUUAUCGAGGGCAACUCAAUCAUGGACUAAAACGCAUUUUAUGGAAGGCAAAGGCUCCUAAUAGUCUUAUUCUGAUGGAAGAUAUUGAUAGUUUUUUCCCUGGACACGGAGAGAUUGACAAUGGAGUAUUAAUCAAGAUGCUUCAGACUUGGCUACAAACUAUUCAUCAUCAAGUAGGAUUUAUUGCAACAACACGUCAUCCUGAACGAAUAAGUACGCAUGCUUUUCAUUUAUUUAAAGAUGAAAUUCAAUUAGAUAUUCCUAUACCUGAAGAAAGAUAUAAAAUUAUGCAACAUAUUAUUAAGCAAUCACAUUUUAGUAUGAUAGGCGAUGAUAAACUUAUUCGACAAUUAUCAAAUCAAGCCCAUGCAUUUGUUGCUGCUGAUCUUGCACAUUGGUGUCGGUUAGCAGAAGAGGAUGCCAUAAAAAAUAAACAACAAAAAGUUGGACAGGAUAAUUUUGAAAGGACAUUAAAACAUGUUAAACUCACCAGUAGUGGAGGAAUUAAUAUGGCAGAAAAGCCUGAUCCAGUGCGAUGGAAUGAUAUUGGUGGCUUAAAAGAAGCUAAAGCUGCAUUAGAGGAAUCAGCAAUUUGGAUAUACCAACAUGCAGAUGCUUAUCAACGUCUAGGGAUUUCACCCUCUAAAGGGAUAUUAUUGUAUGGUCCACCAGGAACAGGAAAGACUCUUCUGGCAAAAGCAGUAGCUACUGAAUCUUCUGCUAACUUCUUACCUGUCCAUAUUCCUGACCUCAUCAAAGGCGAAGUAGGAGAAUCUGAAAAAGCUGUCUCAACUAUUUUUAAGACUGCUAUACGAUGUAGUCCUUGUGUUAUCUUUUUAGAUGAACUUGAAGCAAUUUUUUCAUCAAGAGAAAGUACUGGAGAUGUUGGAAGAAAGCUUAUUUCACAAUUUUUAAUCGAGAUGGAUCAUCUUGAUAAGUUAGUGGAUCAGCAAGUGAUUUUAUUAGGUGCAACCAAUCAUCCAGAAAUGAUUGAUCGAUCCAUAUUAAGACCGGGGCGAUUAGAUCGUCUAGUCUAUGUGGGCCCGCCAGAUCGUGAAGAGCGACUAGCAAUCUUAAAAGUAUUAAAACAGAAAACUAGGUUGAACAGUGACAUUCAAUUGGAUCUCAUAGCUGAUCAGACAGAAGGUUACACUGGUGCUGAUCUUAAAGCUGUCAUUCGAAAAGCAGGGCUUUUAGCUUUAAAACAAAAUUUAACGGAAAUUCAACAGAAGAAUAUAGAACAAGCAUUAACGUUUGUUACCCCAUCAGUUAACUGCGAUAUUGUUAUGGAAUAA